UAUUGAUUGUGUUUUGUUUUGUUCACUGUAAACAGCUUGUGCUGAUCUAUUUGGCACUAUAGAAGACAAAAAUCAUGUCACAUGAGAUAAGCAGAGCAUCCUAAUCUGCAGGAACUCUUCCUGAUGAUUUCAUAUUUCAUUUGUGUCCUUAACAUGUGGGUCAGACUGAGACAUACUCGUAUUCUCCCCAGACAUUGUGUCUGUAUGCAUGUGUGUUUUGGUUAUGUGAAAUUGGUUUGUGUACUGUAUCUGUGAGUGGGUAGUGAUUAUUAAGAAAAUUUGAGGAAAUUGAGGGAAAAUGAGAAAAAACAUUAGUGAGUAUGAAGAAUUGUCAGCGAGUGUGUACGUGUGUGUAUUAGUGUGUGUGAGAGAGACAGGGAGAAAGAGAGAGGGAGAAAGAGAGAGGGAGACAGAGAGAGAGAGAGAGAGAGAGAGAGAGAGAGAGAGAGAAUGAGAGAGAGAGACAGAUGGGUGCAAAGCCAGUAAGCCUUUAGGUCUUAGCUUAUGGAGGUUUAUGCUCAUCAAAUCCUUUUGCUCCCACACACUGCGUGACAUCACUCCAGUCCCACCCCAUCCUCCUGUCUCACACACGCAUACACACAAGACUGGUAGUAUAUACAGGACCAGGCCCUGACACAAGAACAUUAAACAGUUUACUUUAAAAUGUGCAAUUGUACUGAACUCAGCAACUCUCACCAACUGUCCUUGAACAAGCUGGUGUGUUUUGAAAACAGGCUCGAUGGUUGCCAGUGGGUUGGGACAGAGACCCAAGGAGUGAGAGCCAACAUCCUGUAAACAGAGGGCCAUGCAUGUUGCACUGCGGCCUCGCAGUGGUUGCCUGGUGCUUUGUCUGUGCAUGUCUGUCUUGACCCUGCUGCUACAGAGCCUCUGGGUGCCGCUUGAGAUAACCAGGGAUGAACCUGCUGGGAGGUCACCUGAGGAACAAGGUCAGCGUGGACUUGCCUUUCGUAGACUGGCUCUUCGCUUGGAGGCUUUGAGUACUCAGGUGCAGAGGCUGAGCAGAGAGAGAGGCGUCACCCAGCUGACCAGAGAGGAUCUCAGUCUGUUACUGCAGAGUUUUAGACAGGACCAGCAAGGUUUAGCCCACUUGGUAGAGAGGGAGCUGAAGAGAGUGUCUCAGAGGCUUGACCAGCUCAGCCGUCACCAUCACCAUCAAUCACACACACCAUCCCCACAUGGUGACCUCAGACUACACACAGGGCCCAAUGAGAAGUGUGAGGUGCCAAUGGAUCCUGCAUAUCCGGUGUGUGCGGAGAAAGUGGAGUUUCUGCGGGCCCAUUGGCAGUCAGACCCCUGUUAUGCUUUUUAUGGGGUGGAUGGUACCACCUGCUCCAUAUUGACUUACCUUAGCCAAAUAGAGGACUUUUGUCCCCCUCGUCUUGGAAGAAACCAUUCUACGCUGCCAUGGCACCAGAAACCUCUCUCUUACACGGAUAAGGCUGAGAUACGUACAACUCUGGGCCUGCUGUAUGAGGUAAUCAGCAACAACAGUGGUCCUGCUAUGAACUUCAUCCGGUCAAGAGUGGAAAGGAUGUCUGAACGGUGGAUACAGGCUGGUCUGAAGAUGAGGCAGAGCAGCAACAAGACAAUCUCGACACAGAUGAAGGUGCUGCUUUAUCCCGGUGCCCUGGCUGGGAACGUUGGCCAGCGUUUUGAAGCCAUGGUGAAGACAGGGGGUCCUCUAGGGGAGCUGGUCCAGUGGGCUGACCUUAGUGCCUGUCUGACAAUCCUAGGCCACAACCUAACCUUCAGCACCUCACAGCACCAACUCCACAGCCUGAUAGGUGCUGCUCCAGGCCGAGGCAGUUGUCCAAUCCAGAGACCCCUGACCUUUGACCUCAUCUACACUGACUACCAUGGCCUUGCUCACCUUCAUGCCGCCAUGGGACUGGCUUUCCUGCAUUACCAGUGUCGCUUCAGAAUCCUGGACUCGUUUGGCACUGAACCAGCCUUUAACUUGGGGCGUUAUGCACGUAUGCAUGGAUAUAAAACACUGUGGGGCAGCUGGGGUCUGCAACCUCUGCAGUACAUGACCAUGUUCCCUCAUACUCCUGAUAACUCCUUCCUCGGAUUUGUGAGUGAGGAGGCGGUGAGGGAGGCGGUGAGGGAGGAAGAGCUGGAGUCGGACGCCUACAGGAAAGACAGGAUAGCAGUCAUCUAUGGCAAACAGGACUACAUGUGGCAGGGUAAAUCUGAGUAUGUUGAGGUAAUCAGUGAAGAGCUGGAGACCCAUGCUACAGUCUACCAGCCUCCAGGGCACAAAUCUAAUCUGCCCAGCUUCAUCAGGAACCACGGCCUGCUGACUCAGGAGCACUUCCUGCGCCUUCUCCGUAGAGCCAAGGUGUUUGUAGGCCUUGGGUUCCCCUAUGAGGGUCCAGCUCCCAUUGAGGCAAUAGCUCUGGGCUGUGUGUUCCUUCAGCCACGAUUUGACCCACCACACUCAUCAGACAACAAUGACUUCUACAAAGGCAAGCCCACUACAAGACAGAUCUCCUCCCAGCACCCGUAUGCUGAAACAUUCAUUGGCAAACCCCAUGUGCGGACUGUAGACAUAACCAACAAAACCGAUGUACGGGAGGCAGUCAGAGCAAUUCUACGCACAGAGGUGAAGCCUUUCAAUCCACGAGAGUUCAUGUAUGAGGGAAUGCUGGAGAGGGUUCAUGGUUAUAUCACUCACCAGAGUUUCUGCAGUAAAUCUGUCCCUACUUGGCCACCAGAAAGUGCUCUAAAGGUGCACCUGGGUCCCCUCGGCCAGUCAUGUGUGAGUGUGUGUCAGCGGUCCUCCCACGUGUGUGAGCCUGCUCUCUUUCACCACCUAAACAAUCCCGCUGCAUUCACCAGGCUUGGGAUAAGUUGCUCCAGCAUGGGGCAGGAAGUCAACCACCUGUUUCCUUCCUAUAGCCCUUGGGGCCAACACUGCGGCCUUCAGCAGGAGCCUCUGCUGUUCAGUUGUGCCGGCUCUGAUCCUUCUCACCGCAGACUGUGUCCCUGCAGAGCUUACCUACCUGGACAGGUGGCACUGUGCCCUGACUGCCUUUAAAAAACACUGGGAAAGAACUCAGAGAGUAGCGGGAAGAUAAGUGGAAAAAGAUAAUAAAAUGAAGGCGGCACCAAAGAGCCAUCUAUAGGUAAAGAACUGAUCUCAACCAAAUAGAGCCAGCCGUCCUGCCAAUGCUACUAAAACCUUUGAGGUCUUGUUUUGUGGUGUGCACAUUGAUAUGAGUGAAAAUCAGCCAUUUUUAGUGCCCCAGUUAUCUGAAGGAAUCAUCUCAUUCAGCAUCCCUGGCAUUUAUUUUUUAGUUAAUUCAUUACGAACAUAUCAGAGAGUGGACAUUGGUCGGGCGACAAUUAAUCAAUUUAUAUGAGAGAAGUUGUGCCAACAAGACUUGGUUUUUUGGACAAGAUUUUGUUUUUUUUCAUGUCAGUCAUUACUCAGGAACAAAAACUUAAUGAUUGUCAUUUCACAAGUACUUAAACUGUUGAAGGAUGAUGAAUUCAAGGCCUGGUGUCUCAUAGCGCAGAAUAAAAUCCCUCUUGUUUUUGUAGCUUUUCCUUGAUCCCUUAAGCAAAUAGUCUUUAAAUGAAGCUAAGAUGCACUUUAGGGAAAAGGUGUAUUUGAAUGAAUAUAAGUGACUCUAAAGCCAUAUAAUUCUCAGUGUUUAACUUGUCUUCUCCUGCUCCAGAUCAUAGUACAGUGCACUUCAAUAUUAUGCUAAAUAAGUAUCUAAUCAUUCAUUUGCUUACAGUAAUGUAUCACACUGGUCAGCGUUGCAUGGGAUUACUGCUCAUGUAACCCCUCAGUGCAUUCCCAGCUACAAAUAUUAGCCCUGGGCCUCGGAGGAGAACGGGUGACAGCCUAAGUGAUGAGGCUCAUUAUCUGAGUGAAUCAUGGAUAACCUCUAGAUGCCUUUGGGAGGUCACAGCCAUAUAACCAUGAUUAUACUGUCAUAUAAACCAUUGGUUCCCAACCGUCUUUGAGUUAGGAAACCCCCUCAGCUCUGUUUAAAUCCAUGCCCCCCGCCAGUAUAGGCAGAACCUCAUUGUUUGUCUUUUAAACACAUAUUUUGCGUCAUUUAGUCACUGAAGGCAGGAUUAAUUAUGUUUUCUCGAGUUAUUUUACUAGAAAUUAAACCUUAAAUGAUUUUGAUCAUAACAGAUGACUCAUUUUGUCCAGAGUUCUUACAUUUGCUCCAAUAUUAUUCCUUGACUGCCUCAUGACCUACAGACACUUAGAGCCCCUCAAGGAUAUUUUGCACCCAGGUUGAAAGGAACAGCGAUGGAAACUUUACAUACAAUAUAUACAGGGAUUUAGCUACUUAGCUAAGAUAGAUCUCACAACAGAACAUUUCCAUUUCAGAAGCCACAAGUGGUCACACAGACUUAUCCCAUCAUCUUUGCCUGUAAAACAGCUUGUGAAAGAAACAAAUGAUAACAACUAAAGGCCAAACUACAGCCCACAAUCAGUGUUGUAAGUGAUGGGGUGCUGGACUUACAUGGUGCAGCUGUUAGCAAAGAUGUCUCAAACAAUGGCAACAAGCUGCUUUUUUGAAUUGGAUCAAUGUUUUUCUUGGAAAUGACGCACUAACGUGGAUGUUAAUUGGCAGGCAUAGAGACCUUUUCCACCCCGAUACACUCAAUGUGACCAGAACAUAUUGUCACUCAGGGAUCAGACUGCUCAGGGCUGCAACGACAGGACCGGUUGACAAUGUAAUUGACUAGUAAAUGCCUGUGAAACGGUCCAUGAAAACAACAUUUGUAAUGACUUUGGUGAAUUCUGGUGAAUUCUUUUGACCCUGUCAAAUUUGACUUUUCCUUAAUUAGCUUAACGGUUUCAAUGAUGAUGGAAAUGAACUUGUGUUUAUGUCAAAAGGUUUGGAUUAAAGGAAAAUAAAAGUAGCUUUUGACGCAGAGGGACGUCUCUGAACCAAA